AUGUCGCUUGUCCGUGCUUUCACCACCAGACGGGCUGCCCGCAAGAACUCGGACCUGGAUCGUUCUGCCAGUCAGCGCAACCAGCGUCCCAAGAUUUCCGGUCCUAUCGAGUUGAUCUCGACGACAAACACUCUGGCAUACGAGGCCCCUGACAUCUUCGGAACCAACCCCAUCGCCCACAAGGCAGGAGUCCUUACAACCUCUUCCAGCUCCAACAGCCUGAGCUCGAUCGAGUACAGCGACUCUAGCAGCAUCGGCCACCGCUCUGGAGGUACCUUCACAGACGCUUCUUCUUUCGACGAGUCGCCUUUGUCUCCGGAGCCUAACCACCUCAGCUGCUACUUCAAGCCUUCCGUCUACGAUGAGCCUCUGCAGCACAGCCACAACCGCGAUACUUCUGUCAGCUCAUUCCUUCCCUCCGGCGCUGCCCCUGUCCUUCCUCAACGCGCACCCUCGCACAGCAAGCACGCCCACCAGUUGAGCCACAAGCGAUCAGUCUCUCGCGACUUGAGCCACAAGCGCUCGAUCUCGCGCAACCCUCCUUCCUUCCCCGAAGACAUCAUCACUACCAGAGACUCGACCGACUUCUUCCGUGCUUCUGGCCCUGCCUCACCUCACCCUUUCGGCAAGGAGCUCGAGCAGCUCAACGAAAUCGCCGAGGAGUUUGGAAGCACAGUUCGCGAUGUUGAGGCCGACGCAGACCGUGUCUUUAUGGACGCCCAUGGCCUGGAUCAUUUCUCUGCCAACGACUACAUGAUGGAAAUUGCAGACAUGCUCAACGUCAUUUUCGAAGAUGAACCUACACCGUACGAGGAGGCUGGAUUUUUCUAG